AUGCAACUCACAAAGCCUCCCGUACUCUCAAAACCCUUCGCUGUCACGGAGCAUGAUGUGGGUGCCGUGCUGAUCAGAGAAGAAAACAACAUACAACACCCGGUCUAUUACAUUAGUAAAAGAUUCAUUGAGGCCGAAGGCCGGUACCCAUUGAUAGAGAAACUCACUUACUGCCUCAUUCUAGAAACGAGAAAGUUAAGGCCCUAUUUUCAAGGUCAUUCUGUUCAGGUGUACACUAACCAACCAUUAAGCCAAAUAUUGCAAAAGCUGGAUGCUUCUGGACUGUUACUUAAGUGGGUGGUAGAACUGGGUCAGUAUGAAAUUACCUUCCAGCCCCGAACAGCAAUCAAAGGUCAAGCCCUAACAUACUUUGUGGCAGAAUUCACAGGCAAACCAGAAAGCGUAUCGGAAGGCAACCCCAAGCCAUUUUGCGAAGAGCCUAGCAUUACUGGCACGGAAGAGAUCAAAAUGAUUGCUACUUCUCCGAACUUGAUGACGCCAUUAGAAGCCUACCUCAACACUGGGGAACUCCCAGAUAAUCGAAAUGAAGCGCGAAAGAUGAGGAGGAAGGCUGCACAGUACAUCAUAGUAGAGGGAAUUAUGUACAGACGAGGGUUCUCCAUGCCAUUGCUCAGAUGUCUUAUUGAAGAAGAAGCUUCACGACUUUUAUCUAAAGUGCACGAUGGAUUUUGUGGAAACCACGCCGUCGGGAAAAGUUUAUCUAAGAAAAGUCUAAGGCAAGGUUAUUUCUGGCCGAUAAUGAUUGAAAAUUCAAAGGCCUAUGUUAAAAAAUGUGACAAAUGCUAG